CGGUUUCUUCACAGUCGCGUGUUUCUUUCUAUUCGUUGUAUUCGUCGUUCUUGGGCACUUUGAAUUUCAUCUGGGCUGUUUAUUCUUAGAUCAUCAUCCAAUGUUUGUCAAGAAGCUUGUCGAGAAGGCUGCAAAGAAGCCUGGAGGAAAUUCAGAUGGCGUGAAAUCGAGUGAGGUAGACCCACGAGUAGUGUUCCAUUAUGGGAUCCCAUCGGGGUCUACUAUGUUCGCUUAUGACUCCAUUCAGAAGAUACUUGCAAUUUCUACCAUGGAUGGCCGAACUAAAUUAUUUGGAAGGGAUAACACUCAAGCUUUACUCGAAUCAGAGGAGAUGGUCCCAAGCAAAUUUUUACAGUUCGUGGGGAACAAAGGCAUCCUUUUAAACGUGACUUCCAAGAAUCUCCUCGAGGUUUGGGACAUAGACCAGAAGCUGUUAUCUCAUGUGCACGUUUUUAAGGAAGAUAUUACCUCCUUCACAGUAAUGCGGCAUAGUCUCUACAUGUACGCUGGAGAUUCUGGUGGUAAUAUUUCGGUUUUGAAGCUUCAUGAAGAACCAUUUCUUAUAGAAAAGAUGAAAUACACAAUACCUCUCUCAGCUUCACAUGGCGAUCUAACUGAAGGAUCUGGCGAUACUGCUGUGCUGCAUAUUUUACCUCAACCAACGGCUGAAAGUAAGAGGGUUCUUAUAAUAUUUAGAGAUGGCGUAAUUACAUUAUGGGAAAUUCAAGAAAGCAAAUCCAUUUUCACCACAGGUGGAAAUAUGUCGCAGUCACUAUAUCAAGAAGCAAAGAAAGUGACCUCUGCAUGCUGGGCAUGCCCUUUUGGAAGUAAAGUUGUUGUUGGGUACAGCAACGGAGAGAUUUUCAUCUGGAGUAUUCCUUCUAUUGCAAAUACUGAAUUAGCAUCAAGCCAGGGUUCUCAAAAUGGCCCUAUAUGUAAACUGAAUCUAGGUUAUAAGAUGGACAAAAUUCCCAUAGCAUCAUUAAAAUGGGCUUAUGCAGAUGGGAAAGCAAGUCGACUUUAUGUUAUGGGUGCCAGUAACUCUGCAUCAACAAACUUGUUGCAGGCUGUACUGUUGAAUGAGAAUACUGAAUCUCGCACGAUUAAGCUGGGACUUCAUUUGUCAGAGUCUUGUAUUGACAUGGAGAUCGUUUCAAGCAGUGAGCAAAGCAAGCAUAAACAAGAUUCUUUCCUCUUGCUAGGAAAAUCAGGACAUGUUUAUGCUUAUGAUGAUUGUUUAAUAGAAAAAUAUCUUCUACAAUGUCAAUCUAGGUCCCCACCCUCACUUCCAAAGGAGGUCAAAUUGAAGAUGCCAUUUGCCGAUUCAAGCAUCACAAUAGCAAAACUUAUUACAGAUGACACCUGUUUGCUUAGACCUGCAGAUGAGGAUUAUGUUCAAAUGGCAAGAAAUAUUCCACCACUUCUCCCCUCCGAGACAAAACAGAAAGAUGGAGGUCCCUUUAAUUCAGCCCAUUUCAGUGGAUUUUCCAAAGUUAAAAACUUGUACAUUACUGGACAUAGUGAUGGCGCUAUGAAUUUCUGGGAUGUAUCAUGUCCCUUUCUUCUCCCAAUUUUAUCGUUGAAGCAACAGAGUGAGGAUGAUUUUUCAUUAAGUGGUAUAGCACUGACAGCAUUGUAUUUUGAUGGCCAGUCUCGGCUCCUUGUUUCUGGAGAUCAGAGUGGAAUGGUCCGCAUCUUUCAAUUUAAACCCGAGCCAUAUGCCGCAGAAAACAGUUUCAUGUCGUUCUCAGGAAGUACAAAGAAAGGAAACAAUCACAUCAUCCAGAGUGUUAAACUUAUAAAGAUUAAUGGCUCGGUGCUUUCUAUGAACAUGAGCCACAGUUCAAGACAUCUUGCUGUUGGGUCUGAUCAAGGACUUGUUUCAGUAAUUGAUAUAGAAGCAACCACUCUAUUAUAUCAAAACCAUAUUGCAAGUGAAAUUAGUGCUGGUGUCAUCGCUCUCCAAUUCCAAACCUGCAGUUUACACAGUUUUGAGAAGAAAGUUUUAGUUGUUGCAACAAAGGAUUCAUCUGUCUUGGCACUUGAUAGUGAUACUGGAAAUACACUGAGCACUGCCAGUGUUCAUCCUAAGAAACCUUCUAAAGCUCUGUUCAUGCAGAUCUUGGAUAGGCAGGAUAUCUUAGCUCAAAGCUCUAAUAUAUCAAGUGGUCAAGAUCUUAGUAAAGGAAAUGCCUUGGAGGAUUCCAUACCAAAGCAGUUACUAUUGAUAUGUUCUGAGAAAGCUGUUUAUGUCUAUUCUUUAACACAUGUCAUUCAGGGAGUUAAGAAGGUGCACUACAAGAAAAAGUUUCAAACCUCUUCUUGUUGCUGGGCUUCAACAUUUUACACAGUCUCUGAUGCUGGGCUUAUACUCCUUUUUACUAAUGGAAAAAUUCAAAUAAGAUCCUUGCCAGAACUCUCUCUGAUAAAGGAGACUUCAAUUAGAGGUUUCAGUUAUUCUUCGUCAAGACCAAAUUCGUUGCCUGACAUUUCAAUUUGUGCUUCAUAUCAAGGAGAACUUAUUAUGGUGAAUGGUGAUCAGGAAAUAUUUGUUGUCUCAGUUUUAUUCCAGAGGACAAUCUUUAGGCUUUUGGACACUGUCAGCCACAUUUACAGGAAAGAUUUGAAGCUUUCACAAGAAGAGCUUCUUGGCCGACCCACCACCUCCAAGGAAAAGAAAAAGGGUAUAUUUAGCUCUGUCAUUAAAGAUAUUACAGGCAGUAAAGCAAAGCAUGUACCUGAUGUGGAAACAGAAGUUACUAGAGCAAGCAUCGAAGAUCUUGAAAUCAUCUUUUCAACUGCUAACUUUCUAAGUGAUACUGGGGAUGGAGAUAACAUGGCCAUCGAUGAGGAUGAGAUUGACAUAGAUAUAGAUGACAUCGACCUUGAGGAUCUUGGAGAAAAACCUAAAGAACAGAACAUGUUGGCAGCUAUUAAUAAGCAGAAACUUGCAAGCAAGCUACAGGCUUUAAAAGGAAAGUUUAACAAGAUGAAAGUCAAGAACCAGAAGAGUUCCAGCAAGGAAGAGCAACCAGAAGAGAAGGCUGGUGCUGUUGAUCAAAUUAAGAAGAAAUAUGGGUUUUCUUUGUCUGGUGAACCUAGUGCUGCUAAAAUGGCAGAAAGCAAGCUGCACGAGAAUUACAAGAGGUUGCAGGGAACCAACUUGAGAGCUACAGAGAUGCAAGACACAGCAAAGUCAUUCUCUUCUAUGGCAGAACAAGUGCUGCGUGAACAGCAAAGACGAAGCUCGUAAGCCCCGAUGUUUCUGCUUAUUCAAUUCUUUAGCACAUAUAUUCAUUUCCAUAUAGGGUGAAUUGUUGCUGUGCAACAAAGUUUGUAUGGUAUGGUGUAAUUCAUACGGACUUGUAAAGAAAUCUUCUGGUUUAUAGAAUCGAUAGAGAUAUGUAUUUUUACUGUUC